AUGUCGAACCUUCCUUCGAUGAAAAAUCCUUCCCUUGGGCGUACAGCCUAUCUCAAGGAAGCUACGAAUGCAAAGGACCCACCAGUAUCAACAAUAAAUGACUUAACUGAUUACAUUUCUUUGUUUAAAUCAAAAAGAGACAAGCAAAUCUGCUUAAAUAAAUAUGAUAAAGCAGAGCAAACAAGGCUCAUGAUGGAGAAAUUCUCAAGGCGAGCUCAGACAGCUCUUUAUACAAGGCGCUGUCAAUCUCAGAUUUCAGAUCUUGACUACAGAUUAACAUCUACCCAAGAAAACGAAGAACAAUUUAAUCAAGAUAGCACAAACUUGAUCAAUUCAUUCGAAGAAUAUGCAGAAAACAAAUUAAACCAAUUAAAGAGCAAACAUACAAAAGAACUUGAGCAGCAUGAGCAAAACAAACCUAAGGAUUUACCAGCUAAAUAUAGAAAGCGCUCACCAGAACUCAUUCAACUUUAUCAACUUGAAAGGAAACUUUCUAUCGAAAAUAGAAUGGACCAAGUUGCUCAAAUCCGCGAAGAAAUUAAAGUGCGCGAAGAGAAAGAGUCGAAGGAAGUGUUCAAUCGCGCAAUUUCCGAGUGGGAAUCCGAUAAACAACAGUUACUUGAAAAACAACGUAAAGAACUCGAAGCGAUGACAAACCGCAUUAACUUACACAGGCAAGAACGUAAUGAUGAAAUCGCCCGCCAAAGAGAAGCCAUUCACAAGAGACAAAAGAAUCUCAAAUACGAUAUUAAUGGAAUUCAGACACGCAUGACAAAGACUACUCCUCAUGCAAUGAGAAGAUCCUUGUUCUUUGCGACUACUCCAACAACAAGAACCGCAAAUUUGGUUCCAAAUAUGAACAAAGAUAUUUAUACGCUUUCAUCAACGCUUCCAAAGCGCUCACGCGAAAUUCUUUCAACAAUGUAA